GUCGACUUCGCCGAUCCUGAUCUUCUGCAAGUUGGCUCACAAUGGUGGGCUUUUGCUAGCAACAACCACAAAACUAUUGCCAAAGUCGGAGGCAGUCUGAUCAACGUCCAAGUUGCUCACUCUCCAGACUUCAACUCAUGGACGGUGACGGGAUCUGAUGCAUUGCCCACGGUUGGUGCUUGGGUCGACCCUAACGCUGGCAAUCAAGGUGCAGCUGUCUGGGCACCAAGCGUCAGCCAAAACAAGAAGGGUCAAUACGUUAUGACAUACUCGGCUGCUGUCAAAGGGUCUCCUGGCAAGCACUGUAUUGGCGCUGCGUUGGCUUCUCAACCUCAAGGUCCUUACACCCCACAAGCCACUCCUCUGGUCUGUCCACUUGACCAGGGCGGCGCAAUUGAUUCUGACAACUUUAUGGAUGUUGACGGAACGCAAUACGUCGUAUACAAGGUCGACGGCAAUUCGAUAGGACACGGCGGUGUAUGUGGUAACACUGUCGCUCCUAUCGUGAACACACCCAUAAUGCUUCAGCGACUCGCAGAUGAUGGUGUUACACCUGUUGGCAGUCCUGUCAAGCUUUUGGACCGCAGCGAUCUCGAUGGCCCUCUGAUUGAAGCGCCAUCUCUCAUGCGUACCUCCAAUGGCAAAUAUGUGCUGUUCUUCAGCAGCAACUGCUUUGCAACAUCGAACUACGACGUUACUUAUGCAUUCGCCGACAACAUCAACGGUCCCUACGUCAAGCUUGGCCCCAUGAUGGUGACCGGCACCGACAACUUGUACUCUCCUGGUGGUCAGUCGGUAGCUGCCGAUGGCAAGCACAUGAUUUUCCACGCG